AUGAGCGACGGCCUCGUGAAGCGGACCUCCUCUUCGGAGGGUCCGCAUGACCCCGAGAAGACCGCCUUCCACACCCAGACCUACGACAACGGCGAUGCCCACAUCCGCGGUUUCGAGACCAGCGCCGAGACGUCGCUACACCGCGGCCUCAAGGCCCGCCACAUCACCAUGAUUGCCAUCGGUGGCGCUAUCGGUACUGGUCUUAUUAUCGGCACCGGAAAGGCCCUUGCGCAGGCCGGCCCGGGCUCCGUCUUCAUCUCGUACACUCUCGUCGGUUUCAUCGUCUUCCUCGUCAUGGCUGGUCUCGGUGAGAUGGCUGCCUGGCUGCCCAUCUCUGCUGGUUUCACUGGAUACGCCUCGCGAUUCUGCGACCCCUCUCUCGGUUUUGCGCUCGGCUGGACUUACUGGUUCAAGUACAUCAUCGUCACGCCCAACCAACUCACUGCUGCUGCUUUGACCAUCCAAUACUGGGUUGACCGCGAUCGUGUGAACCCUGGUGUUUUCAUCGCCAUUUUCCUGGUCGCCAUCGUGUGCAUCAACUAUUUCGGCAUCAAGUUCUUCGGAGAGUUCGAGUUCUGGCUGUCCAGUUUCAAGGUCAUCACCAUCAUCGCCAUCAUCCUCUUCUCGCUCAUCCUGGUUUGUGGCGGAGGUCCCAACCGUGACGCGACUGGUUUCCGCUACUGGAAGAAUCCUGGUGCCUUCAAGGAGUACAUCGACACCGGUGAUGCCGGACGUUUCUUCGGUUUCUGGUCCUGCAUGGUCAACGCCACCUUCGCAUACCUCGGUACUGAGCUUGUCGGUGUUACCGUCGCUGAGGCCCAGAACCCGCGCAAGACCGUCCCUCGCGCCAUCAAGCUUACAUUCUACCGCAUCCUGUUCUUCUACUGCCUCAGUGUCCUCCUGAUCGGCAUGCUCGUCCCCUACAACUCCCCCGAUCUUGUCUUCGCCAACAAGGCUCAGACUGGCGCUUCCGCGUCCCCCUUCGUCGUCGCUGCCAAGGUUGCUGGUGUCAAUGCUGUCCCUGACAUCAUCAACGCCUGUAUCUGCGUCUUCGUUUUCUCCGCCUCCAACUCCGAUUUGUACAUUGCCAGCAGAACUCUGUACGGUCUUGCCUCUGACGGCUCUGCCCCCGCGAUCUUCAAGCGCACCGACAAGCGCGGUGUCCCCGUCUACGCCCUCGGUUUCUCCGCCAUGUUCGCCCUGUUGGCGUUCAUGAACGUCUCCAGCGACUCGACCAAGGUCUUCGGAUACUUCGUCAACCUGACCACCAUCUUCGGUCUGCUGACCUGGAUUUCCAUCCUCGUCACCCACAUCUGGUGGAUGAAGGCCCGCGUUGCCCAGAACAUCCCUAACGAGAUCAUGCCCUACGUCGCUCCCUUCGGUAUCUGGGGCUCCUACGUUGCUCUCUUCCUCUGCUGUAUCGUCGCUCUCACCAAGAACUACGACGUCUUCACUGGCGGCAACUUCGGCCAGGAGAAGUACAAGACCUUCAUCACCGGUUACCUUGGCAUCCCGCUCUACCUCAUCCUCAUUUUCGGCCACAAGUUCUACUACAAGACCCGCGGCGUCAAGCCCCACGAGGCCGACUUCUACACCGGCAAGGACAUCAUCGACCGCGAGGAGGAGGAGUUCCUGGCCCGCCAGGCUGCCGAGAAGGAGGCGCGCGGUGGAAAGGAGAGCCGCGGCGGAUGGUUCUACAGAGUCUUCAUCUCAUGGCUGCUGUAA